CAGUGUACCUCGCCUCCAGACAGUAACAGGUAAUUAGAUUGUCUAAUUUAGACAAUACAUUUAAGGAAUAAUGGUGGAAAUUUACCCUGAAAAUCGCAGGAAGUUAAUUUACAUCAUCUCUUUUGCGCAUUGCGUCAUUUUUUAAUCCCUCAAAUUAGCGCGAGAACUUUCUAUUUCAAACUAACGUAGUGGAAAAAAAGCUUUAUAUGAUGGCCGAUUCACCUCCGCGCCAAGAGCUUCCGCAGAACAACAACGACGACGACGAGCUGGAGCUGAACAAGGACUUGGAAAGAAUAAUUGAAAACGUCGAAAAUAUAUCAGUGCAGCUGACUUGGAUGGCUUAUGACAUGGUGGCACUGCGCACCAGCCCCGAGCUGGGGGCCUCUAUGCGGCAACUGGAAGAAGCUUAUCGCCGAUGCAGAGCUGUUGUCUGUGGAGACCAGGACCAGGAGCCAAGGAUGAGCCAAAGUCCCGAUCCUGCUGCCACAACACUCACUCAGAUGUGAUGUUAUUGUCUGUUAUCAUACGAGGAAACGUGUGUUGAAGCAGUAUGAAACGAAACUGUAAUUGUAUUGGACUAGUUAUAACUUUCUUCUUUGCAUUAAAACGGGAUGUUUCAUUGAUUAAUGUAUAGACUUGUUGUUUGUUGUUGAUGUUAACAUGGCCUUAAGUGUUAAGGUCUGAUUUGUUUAACCUGUUAAAUUAAAUAAU